AUGGAGGACUCGGAAAAGGGAAUUGCCAUCGCUCGAAAGAUUGUCAAAACUAUGCCAGAAACCCAUCCAGACCGAGCUUUACAGCUAAGCAAUUUGGCGGUCCAGCUCAAUCUUCGGAGUCAACAAGGUGACAGAGAUGCAGGCGCCAAUAUGGAAAACAUAAAAGAGGCCAUUUCCAGGGUUCGAGAGGCCGUUAAAGCUACGGGAUCGAACCAUUUAGCCAAACCUCUACGUCUCAACGCCUUGGGAGUUGCACUUGGCGAGAGAUAUCAGCACACCGGGGACAUUAGAGACCUAGAAGAGAUACUCGCUUCAAUAGAUCAUCGAGUUCGAGCUGGCAUCCUUUUCUUGUUGCUGCCAGACACUCUGGCUGCCCUCCAGAUGCUAGAGACCGGUCGUGGUGUUCUCACCGGCUCCCUCUACAACAUACGCACCGACAUUUCCGGCCUCGAGGAAAAACAUCCAGAUCUUGAGCGGGAUUUUGUUCGCCUUCGAAACCAGCUUGAUGCACCGACCCAGCUCAGCGAUGUGGAUCCAGACUCUCGACACAAAGCGAGCGCGGAAUUGGAUAGACUCAUCGACGAAAUUCGACAUUGUCCUGGUUUUGAGCGAUUCCUCCUGUCUGCCACCGAGGAUGAGAUGCGAGAAGCGGCUGUGUGCGGCCCAAUUGUCGUCAUCAACGUGAGCUCCCACCGCUGCGACGCAUUGAUCGUUGAACAAUCUGGUCUCCGCGUCGUCGGCUUGGCACAGCUUACUCCAGCCAGCCUAGAAGAGCAUGCUGGUGACUUGGGUGGGGCCGAGACGCUGACCUGGCUCUGGGAUGUCAUUGUCAAGCCUGUACUUGACGCGUUGGGAAUCACUGCGCCUCCAGCUGGUAAUGUUUGGCAGCAUAUUUGGUGGAUUCCAACCGGCAUCCUAACACGGUUUCCACUCCACGCGGCCGGGCAUCACCACAAGCACAAUGCAGAGACAACAAUGGACAGGGUGGUGUCCUCAUACAGCCCGUCCAUCAGGUCAAUCAUACACACUCGCCGAAAGCAAGGAUUGGAAAAGGAUGCCGACUUGGGUGUGAACGUCGUCCUUGUCGACAUGCGAGAGACGCCCGGCCACAGUCCGCUCCUCUAUGCGACAGUGGAAACCAAGGCGGUAGAGCAAGUCUGCAAAUCUAUAGGACUGCGGUGCGACCGGCCUUUGGCAUGCAAGGAGCAUAUCCUAGCUGCUCUGGAAAGCUGCGAGGUUCUCCACUUUGCCGGCCACGGAGGGACUUGUCCUGACCCCUUACGCAGCUUUCUGCUCUUGAAGGACUGGGAAAACAGCCCUCUGACGGUGGAAAGCCUUUUUGAGAGGAACCUCUCUGCUCGUUCCCGUUUUCUCGCCUACCUUUCUGCUUGCGGUACAGGCCCGAUCCAAGACAGCUCUUCAGUCGACGAAAGCAUCCACUUGACGACCGCCUCAGUCAAGGGCGAUUACGAGACUGCUGUUGAUCAUGUGUUGAAGUUCCUUGUCGAGGUGGGCGAAGUCGUGCUCCCUGUGGGGCUUUUUGUUUUUGUUAGUGGUGGAUUUUGUUGCGUUUGGAGCCGAAGCUUGUAA